AAGACAGGGGAGCAUUCAAGGAGAGCGGUCACUUAAAAAAAAUGGUCACUACGUAAGAAUGCCAACCAGGAUGUUUAAAGAUGAGCAACUGCUUCAGCUUUCUUUCAUCACAUCAAACACAAGGUCACAGGAAAGGCACAGUCAUGGCGCUAGACAAGCAAGUAUUGGCUUCGCGGGAUCGAGCUAGACGACAUAUUUUAUUGUCAGUAUGGGCAGUUGUUCUGUUUGGACUCCCUCUGUGGUGGAAAGCGACGCGUGUUUACAGAGCUGAGCUGCCCUAUAAUGACAUUGCACAGUGGAAUGAUUGGAAGACGUGCAAACCAAGUUUUCCUAUCAAGGUCAAUCUGCACCUUUCGAAAAUAGCGCCCAUAAGUACACAGGAGGACGAACAUCAGAUUUUGAGUGGGAUCAAAGAUACAGUAAGCACAGGGAUUGCAGGACUCGUUGGCAUACCAGAGCGGCCAAUACACCUUGAUAUUAACCAGUCAUGGAGUGGAUCAAAAGAGCGAGAUAUCUUAAGUAGGAUGAACAAUCCAUUUUCCCUCGAUCCUUGAACAUCUGUUAGCAUGUAUUUUACUGAUAGAGAGCAUUGGCAGUGGCGUGGGAUUUAAUACGUCUAUUCAACAUCUUGCCACGCUUUUUGCGUCUAUAUUCUUAGAUCGAGCCAGCGUAAUCCCAGGCACAUAUGAUUUUUAUAUCUCACCUGGAGCUAAUACCAGUGCGACUAUUCGAAGUCAGAGACAGGGAUUCAUUCAAUUGCAGACAUGGAAUAAAGAGCACAUUAGUAACU